ACUGCAGGUAUCCGGUGAAGCCGCCGGAGUCGGAAAGAUGAGGCCACCGCCUUCGGAGAAGCCAAUCAACGUCAACUCGAUGGCUCGGAAGAUCGCCGUCGACAAUCGACUUCCCCUCCGCAAUUACUAUCGGAUCGCUGAUAACCUCCUCAAACAGGCAAGUAUUUAUCGGGAGGAGAACAACGUUAUAGACUUGUAUAUCAUACUUCUUAGAUAUUCAAGUUUGGUGUCUGAAACUAUACCAUUCCAUCGAGAUUACCAGGUUUUGCUUCCAAAAGAAAGAGCAUUUUACAAGAAGAAAUCAUUAGCUGUGCUGGACGAGCUUGAAUCUUUGCAGCCGAAAUUCCGACGUCUACUGAAUGAACUGAACAAAGCUCAUGCAGGGACUCAAGAACAUCAAUUUGAUGCCCAAGAAAGAACUUCAUAUGGUUCAGAGGCAUCACUUUUGGAAUGGCCACUUGUCAAUAGGAAAGCUUCUUUGAGCCUCAAUAAUACGCCGCCAGUCAGAAAAGCACCUUUGUCUUCACGGAAGCAGAACAAUAAUUAUACUCAAAUUUUACCGACAAAUUCAAUCGACUCACAAUUCGGGAAGCUACCUCUUAAUAUACCUCUGCCAAAUAAGGAAACUCUGUCUAGACACUCUUUUUUGGGCCCAAAUGGUCUUCGGGGUCAGUGGUUGGGACCUAGCCCAGAGAUAAAGGUUCACUAUCCAAGCAAUACUGACUUGACUCCAAAUGAAAAUUCAAGCCUGAAUCAGGAGGUUGCACAAUAUGACCUUCAGGAAGUAAAAGAUGGUGAGUCAGGAGUGGAUAAAUCUACCAUGGAAUCAUUGCUGUCUUUGGAUGAUGGAAGAUGGUCACUUCCAGCUGAUGACUCUUGUCCUCCCUUAAAUAAUGAAGCAAGUAAUGCUCCUCUUAUAUUAGGAAAUAUUAGGCAACCUUCUCCACCUCCUGUUCUUGCUCAAGUACAUCCAGAUUUUCUGCCAAUUUCUCCAUCAAGAGUUGCAGAUCCGAGACCUGGACCAGCAAAACCUUUUCAGGAUGGGAUGAUUGGCUCUAAUUCCUAUCAGCAUUUACACAUUCCAGUAAAAAUGAUGGAUGAUUUUUUGAGAUUGGCACGAGAAAAUACUGCAAAAAAUUUAGAAACAUGUGGUGUUCUUGCUGGUUCAUUGAAAAACAGGGUGUUCCAUAUCACUACACUGAUAGUCCCAAAGCAAGAGUCAACUUCAGAUUCGUGUCAAACCUUGAAUGAAGAAGAAAUUUUUGACGUCCAAGACAAAUAUUCACUUUUUCCUCUUGGGUGGAUCCAUACACACCCAUCACAGACUUGUUUUAUGUCGUCGGUUGAUCUGCACACCCAUUACUCAUAUCAGAUCAUGCUACCAGAAGCUGUCGCAAUUGUUAUGGCUCCCACAGACACAUGCAGUCCGCAUGGAAUCUUUCACCUGUCCGACCCAGGUGGUGUUUCUGUUAUUCGAAAUUGUCAACAGCGUGGCUUUCAUCCUCAUGAGGAGCCCGAGGAUGGGACUCCAAUCUAUGAGCACUGUUCUCAUGUUUAUAUGAACCCCAAAUUGAAGUUUGAUGUGGUAGAUCUGCGGUGAGUUUGCAUUCCUUAAUUGGUAUAACAAAAGGAAGAAAAAAAAAAUAAAGUGUUUUUUGAAAACAGAAUCAUUUGUAAACACCUUUCAGCCGAUGACGAUAUUGUAAAUUCACCCGGAUUUGUGAAUAGAAUUUGAUGGAAAGAGAGCAAAGUACAUUUCUUUCACACCGAGUGAUGUGAAAAUUGUAUUUUUCUCUA